AGGCACAGUGAGUCAGGCCGUCAGUCGUAUUGUCGGCGGCGGCUGUGGCGGUUGUCGAGUUGUGUUGUGAGGAGCAGCAGUCCUCCUCACCUGCAGCCAGCGAGGUAAAGGUCAGUGCUACAGUCGCAGUUCUCUCCCGCACGGCCCGCUCUGCAACAAGUUUGUUGACCGAGGACGCAAGACGCCAUUUGUCGGUUGCCUCGGACUGUUGGCGUACGAUCGUCAAGCCACUCUUCGCCGCCAACACCUCGACGAAGACGACAACGGGGUGAGUUUCUACCCCAACAAUGCCUCAAUCAAUCAUAGAAACAACAUCCAAUAAUUGAUUUUACAAUGAUUGUGGGUGAUUAUUCUUCAUCAGGCUUCAACUCUUGAUCAGAUUUCAGGAUUCGAUGGAGUUUGAAUUUAUUUGAAGUUUAAUUUGAGUGUUUAUUAUUAGUGUUGAAUUUGAUAGACCUUAAUGAACGGAGAAGGAAUCAAAUUAUGUUGUGAGCACAUAGAAAGAAGUAUAGUGAUGGAGUCUGAACAUUUCAAGGAGGCAAUGGAUUUGAAGUUCAGUUUAUUGAAGUUUAUUAUAAGUUGGUAAUUAAUCUGAUAAACCACAGAAAUAAAAAAUGAUGAAAUGAUACGGUACUGUAUGAUCAUGAAAAAAUGUGUGUGACCUGUGGUAAUUUCAAUUUCGUGGGACCUCUGCGGUAAUUUCGAGAGCAAAAUUGAAAUCCUACCCUAGUUUUUGAAACGAGCCGUCAAUGGAGAAUAAUCAAGUAAUUUAGUGGCGUUUAGCAGGGUGGCUUACCACGUGCGAAUCAUGAAGUAAGUUGGGCAACUUUUUGUGCAUCCCAGGUGACCACCGCGUGAUCGAAACCUGUUGGACUACUUUCGCAAAUUUUGCAGUCACUGCUUUCGGAAAUUUUGCGGUCAAAACGUUCAUUCACGGAAACUAAACAAUGGGGGAAGACGGAACACUCAAGAUGGAAUCCAAAAGAAGUAGAGAAGAAUCUAUGAAAGGCACAAUCAUUCAGAUUGGUCUUUGUAUAAUUGGUAAUCUCGCACAAGUCUCCUCGGGGCUAAGCAUGGGCUUCUCGGCUGUUGCACUGCCCUACAUGUCACAAGAAGGAGGGGAAAUAAAUGUCUCCAAAGAGGAAGCUUCCUGGAUAGCUAGUCUAGCAGCGAUAACAGUGCCGAUCGGCUGCUUGGUCAGUGGGCCAAUACUGGAUCGCUGGGGCCGAAAGAUGGGCAUUCUGCUGGUGAAUCUGCCAUUCUUCGUGGGCUGGCUGCUGGUCGCUGUGCAGCCGAACAUCUACCGCAUCUACCUGGGCAGGGCGCUGACUGGCUUCGGCACAGGGCUGGCCAGUACGCCGGCCACCAUCUACUUUGCCGAAGUGGCCACCAGCUCCCUCAGAGGCUUCCUCAUCAGUGGCACCUCCAUCGCCAUCUCAACCGGGGUGCUUGCUGUCUACAUUCUCGGCUACAUAUUACAGGAAAACUGGAAGGGCAUUGCGUUCUUCUGCGCGCUGUUCCCCGUGGUGGCGGCUCUGCUGGUGGCCGUUAUGGUUCCGGAAAGUCCAACAUGGCUGCUGUCCAAGGGCCGACAGGAUGAGGCCUGUCUCUCGCUGAAGCUGCUCCGCGGUGCAUCCUCCGCCAACCAAAUCCAAGACGAACUCGACUCGAUGACCGACAAACAAAAGUCCAAUCGAAGGAACGCCUCCACCUUCCUCGAAACACUGGCCAACUUCAAGUAUCCGCAAGUCUACAAACCAUUCAUCAUCAUGAACAUGUUCUUCUUCUUCCAACAGUUUAGUGGAAUAUUUGUGGUCAUUUUCUAUGCGGUGGAAGUUGUUCGCAACUCGGGAAUCGACGUUGAUCCGUUCCUGGUGUCGAUCAUGAUCGGCCUGAUUCGGCUGUUCUUCACGAUAAUUGCGGCCUGGUCGUCGAAGCACUACGGCCGUCGGCCGACAGCCAUCGUGUCCGGAGCCGGCAUGACCGUCUCACUCUUCUUCCUCAUCUUCCAUCUCUACAACAGCUCAGCACCGCCACUGCCCGCCCACAAGCCUCACUUCGCCUCCACUCACAACAGCACCGACGGCUUCAACGCCACCGUAGCCACUAUGCUUGGAUUGAACUCAACUGACGGAUUCAACGCGUCUGAUGUGGGAACUGCCAACAGCACAAUGCUGACUGCUCCCAGCGCUGAGGUCGUCAUUGCCUGGUCUCCACUCGUCGCUCUGCUAGUCUACGUUCUGGCCAGUACCAUUGGAUUCCUCACUCUUCCGUGGGCCAUGAUCGGUGAAGUCUAUCCGGCUGAAGUACGAGGUGUGGCCAGUGGUUUUACAACUUGCGUCGCGUACAUUGCCAGCUUCAUCACGGUCAAGGCCUAUCCAAUCGUGUUGGAUGUUCUCCACCAAUCAGGAGUGUUCUUUGUGUUCGGAAUUACUGCGCUGGCUGGAACUAUUUUCGUUUACAUGUUCCUUCCGGAGACUCAGGGAAAAUCUCUCAGGGAGGUCGAAGCAUACUUUACAAAGACCGGUAAAAAUAAGAACACCCCGGUUGAUUUGGAGACGGACGGCAUGGUAUCUUCAAAUAGGAAACCAAUAAUCAUACAGAAAGCACAGAAUAAAUGAAUAAUUGACUUUUAGAUAUAGGGUAUAUUUUAACAUUACAAGUACGAUAUUUUAGAUUAGCCUCGCGAUUUUUGUAAAUAUUUUGACAUGAAUAAAUUGUUUUUAGAUGUGUUUUUAGAUAUUUCGAAUAAAUUAUAUAUUUUUUA